CGGGCCCAAGCUGUUCUUCAGGCAGUGACCGCUGUGCAGGCAACAAAUGCACCUAUUAGUGGGACCACUGUUAGUGAGAGUGCGGUGACUCCAGCUCAGAGUCCAGUACUUAGAAUAAUUAUUGACAAUAUGUACUAUCCAGUAACCCUGGACGUUCUUCAUCAGAUAUUCUCUAAAUUUGGUGCUGUAUUGAAGAUAAUCACAUUCACAAAGAAUAACCAGUUUCAAGCUUUACUGCAGUAUGGUGAUCCAGUAAACGCACAGCAAGCAAAACUAGCCUUAGAUGGUCAAAAUAUUUAUAAUGCUUGCUGUACUCUACGGAUUGAUUUUUCUAAAUUGGUGAAUUUGAAUGUGAAGUACAACAACGAUAAAAGCAGGGACUACACUCGUCCUGAUCUUCCGUCUGGUGAUGGACAGCCAGCGCUGGACCCAGCUAUUGCUGCAGCAUUUGCAAAGGAGACCUCUCUUCUAGCUGUUCCAGGAGCUCUGAGUCCUUUGGCUAUUCCAAAUGCUGCUGCUGCAGCCGCAGCAGCUGCUGCUGGCCGUGUGGGAAUGCCUGGAGUUUCAGCUGGUGGCAAUACAGUCCUCCUGGUUAGCAAUUUAAAUGAAGAGAUGGUUACGCCCCAAAGUCUGUUUACCCUCUUCGGUGUUUAUGGUGAUGUGCAGCGUGUGAAGAUUUUGUACAAUAAGAAAGACAGUGCUCUUAUACAGAUGGCUGAUGGAAACCAGUCACAGCUGGCCAUGAGCCAUCUUAAUGGACAAAAAAUGUAUGGAAAGAUUAUUCGGGUUACACUUUCCAAACAUCAGACAGUACAACUACCUCGAGAGGGACUUGAUGACCAAGGGCUGACUAAAGACUUCGGUAAUUCACCUCUGCAUCGCUUCAAGAAACCUGGUUCAAAAAACUUUCAAAAUAUAUUCCCUCCUUCUGCAACACUUCAUCUAUCCAAUAUUCCACCAUCAGUAGCAGAAGAGGAUCUACGCACACUGUUUGCUAACACUGGAGGCACUGUGAAAGCAUUUAAAUUUUUUCAAGAUCACAAGAUGGCACUUCUUCAGAUGUCAACAGUAGAAGAAGCUAUUCAGGCUUUGAUUGAUCUUCACAAUUACAAUCUGGGAGAAAAUCACCACCUGAGAGUUUCUUUCUCUAAGUCAACUAUUUAACGUGGCAGAUUGAAAAUGAGGGUGUAUUGCAUUGUUUGGUGUUGUCACCUAUUGACUGUUCAGGAAAGUUGGGACCAGAGUUUGUCUUCUGUUUGUUUUUUUUUUUUUUUUUCUUUACAUGCUGUUAUCAUUCCUUGAUUGUUUAAAAAAAAUAAAAUAAAAAUAUAUUAAGAAGCAGUGAUAAUAACUGCUGUUGUUCAACUGUUGUUUAGAUAAACCGUCAUUUUGUUUAAAAGAUUUCAACUUAAUACCACAAUUUUUCAACUUAGUUGACAUACGUGCCUUAAAAAGGAAAACUAGUACUGCUGGAAUUGCAUAACUAGUAAAAAGCAGAUUUGGUUGUCUGGGGCACAUUGUUACAUGAUAAUUUAAAUAUGUUUAGGCAGGGGUGUGUAAAAAGGUUAAGCUUUUAUUUCUCUUGCUUGAUAGGUUUCUUUAUCUGAUGGCUUAUCACUUAUUUUUCUUUUCAAUUGGGUAAGAUGCAUUACUCUGAAAGAGUAAAAUGACGUUAUUUGAUUUCUACUACUUUUUGCUUUGUGCUCUUUUUUUAAAAAGGCCUUUUUAUUUCAUAGUUCUGGUCUAGAUUCAGUUAUGAAUGUAGGCAUUAGUUAAAAUUAACAAGGUAUGGAAUAUUAAUUUCUUAAAGGACAAAAAGUGACUUCUGUGACUUUGAGCCCUAUGUGAAAAGCAUUGUGGAAUCUUAACCUUUUUGUACACACUCUUGUGGGAUGUAUCAUAUAAAUGUCAGCACUAAGUAAUGUCUUGUUCGUGGCUGAAUAUUUUUCGUAGAUGUUUUUGAAGUUGACAUGACUUACGUGCAUUUCAAUAUAUAUUGCCAUCUUUAGUUUCUAAUUAAGAUAUGGAAUAUGGUUGUGGAUUUCUGAGCAUGUACAGACUGGUCAAGCUAGUUCAGGAAGUGGUGCAUGUGUUUUUCAGUGGUGAAGAAAGUUUGCUGCAAUGCUUGCAGGAAAUUUUGUGGCAGUUUUCUAAAACUGACAACCAGGUGGGACCAAAGUUUAUGUGCCUUUUAGUCUUAAUUUACCUUGCAUUGUAAUAUUCAGUUUUAAUAAAUCUCUUCAAAAUAUUUUGUAUUUAGAAAUUGAUCUGACUUUACUAUAAACAUGACUCAGAAUCUACAGAUCCAGUUAAUUUGAAAGCAGUUCUCUGUCAGUCUGAACUGUUAUCUUGAUUCUGUUUAAAUGACCAAUACUUUUUGAAAUUGGUGUACUUAGUUUCAAGGUUCAUAGAUUCUGUUAUCUAUGUAGAAAAAAAAGGUCAUGUAUAUUUUCUAUUAGUUGAGUUUUUACAUCUUUAGAAUUGUAAAAUUCAGCAUAGUUUGAAAGUGGCACAAUUAAAAAUUAAUUUUCUAACAAA